UAGUAGUGAGGGGUUAUGAAGCUGUGGCAGUGGGUGACCGUGUGGGUGUGGAUGUGGAUGGCUGAGCUGGGGACCAUAGAAACAGCACCCAGAAGAGAUGGAACCCGGGCCUCGGUACCAGGAGCCAGCUCUCAGCUCUUUGUAGACAGGCCUGAUUUCUUUGAUUAUCCAGACUCAGACCAAGCUAGCCUUCUUGCUGUGGCCCAGUUUAUUGGAGAGAAGCCUAUAACAUUCGUUAAGACAGGUUCCAGCCCUGGGAUCUUCCAGAACAUCCUGGUGGGGACACUGGUGGUGGCCUUCUUCCUCCUGCUUUUCCAGUUCUGCAUGCAUGUGAGCUUCCAGAAAGGGGCCUAA